AUGACUGACUGUCGCCAAGUGCAGCGGGAGCUCUUCUCCUUCUGGGAGCCCUGUGCCCUGCGGGAAUCUGGGCAACCCUUCUCUUCUUCCACUGUAGGGUGCCCUCCCCCGCCUCCUCCCCUGAAUGAUGAGGACUUAGACCUCUUCCCGCCUCCCCCACCGCCCCCUUCGGCCUACCUGCCUCUCCCAGAAGAGGAGCCUCCUGCCCUGACCGGAACAUCGCUCAUUUCUGACUUGGAGCAACUACACCUGCCCCCGCCCCCGCCUCCGCCUCUAACACAGCUGGUGACUGCCUGUGUUUCCCCUCCCUCAGAUGUCUGCGGCUUCUGUCACAAGCCCGUGUCCCCUCGAGAACUGGCCGUCGAGGCCAUGAAGAGGCAGUACCAUGCCCAGUGCUUCACCUGCCGCACCUGCCGCCGCCAGCUCGCUGGGCAGAAAUUCUAUCAGAAAGACGGGCGCCCCCUGUGCGAGCCCUGCUACGAGGACACUCUGGAGAAGUGUGGCAAGUGUGGAGAGGUGGUCCGAGACUGCAUCAUCCGCGCCAUGGGCAAAGCCUUCCACCCACCCUGCUUCACCUGUGUUACCUGUGCCCGGUGCAUCGGGGAUGAGAGCUUCGCGUUGGACAACCAGAACCAGGUGUACUGCGUGACUGACUUCUACAGGAAAUUUGCCCCCGUGUGCAGCGUCUGCGAGAAUCCCAUCAUCCCUAGCGACGGGAAGGACGCCUACAAAAUUGAGUGCAUGGGUAGGAACUUCCAUGAAAACUGUUACCGUUGUGAGGACUGCAGUGUCCUUCUCUCUGUGGAGCCCACCGACCAAGGCUGCUACCCGCUGAAUGACCACCUCUUCUGCAAGCCUUGCCACAUCAAGCGGAGUGCUGCUGGGUGCCGCUGAGAAGCCCUGUGGCUGGCCCGGCCCUGACUUGGUUUCCCUGCCUAACUUCCCUGCAUCCGUUCCUUUCGAGCCUCGCUGGGCACCAGUGCACUGCUCAGCCCACGGUGUCUAGACACAAGGCCCCGAGACACGGGGUCUUGGCCUCCUAGUACACAGCACCCCCCAGACUUUCACCUCCUCCUCCGCUGACCAGAAGGCCCCUCGCUACAAGACUGGGACCCUGGCCGCUCUCUGGUGCUGGCCCUGACCUAUUUGUGGGGCCGAGUCUCAGGAUGGUGCCCUCGUCUCUGACCAUGAUGCUUGGCUCCCUAGCAGAAAGUGCUGACACCAGCUUAGUGUAUUGAACCGAGGUGUUUGUUUGAAGUGUGCCUGCCCAGUUACUGUAGAAAGUGUAUUUUGAAAAUUAAGAAAUUUGCCGGGCGAUGGUGGCGCACGCCUUUAAUCACCAGCACUCAAGAGGCAGAGGUAGGCGGAUCUCUACAGAGCUAGUCUACAGAGCUAGUUCCAGGACAGGCUUCAAAGCCACAGAGAAACCCUGUCUCGAAAAAAAAAAUUAAGAAAUUUAUGCUGGGCCUGGACGCAAAGGCAGGAGGAUCUCUGUGAGUUUUAGGCCAGCAUGGUCUCCCCGGUUAGUUUCAGGGCAGCCAAAGCUACCCAACAAAACCCUGUCUCGAAAAACCAAAAAGAAAGAAAAAAGAGUGUAGCUUGGUGGCUGAGAGUACCUGCUGCUCUUGUGAAGGACCAGGGUUCACUUCCCAGCAUCUCCAUGGAGCCUCUGAAGUGCUUGAUUUGUAACUCCAAUUCCAGGAGAUAUGGUGCCCUCUACUGGCCUCUUCAGGCACUUGCAUGCAUGUGGUGCACAUACACUCAAGCAUGAAUACACACACACACACACACACACAAACCUUUAUAAUCAGCUGUAGUGGCGCAUGCCUUUAAUCCCAGUACUUGGGAAGCAAAGGCAGGCAAUCUCUGCAUUUGAAGGCAGCCAAGGCUACACAGAGAAAUGCUGUAUUUUUUUUAAUUAGCUGGGUUUGGCAGUUCACAUCUAUGAUCCUAGUGCUUGGGAGAACUACGCAAACUUGAGGCCUGCCAGGUCUUCAUAGAAUUCCAGAGCAACCUUGGCUUCAUUCAGAGACCGUGUCGAAAAGAAAAGAAAAAAGAAACAUAAAUGUCUAGGAACUUGACAUAUUGGCCACCCCUCCUCCCUGCCUGUGGCACACGUGCUGAAGUAGGGAUGGGGUCAAGGAGGGUGGCCCGUAACCCCCACUAGCUUACCGGCACUCCUGGGUGCUUUAGUGAGUGGUCUGUGGGCGUGGAUUAAGUGCCUUCGAUUUGCUAGGUAAUAAGGGUGAGGCUGGCUUCCUCCCUCCAGCCCUCCAGCCUUCACUGGGGCUGAGCCUGCACAGGCUCCUUCUCUGUCUUUCCAGGAUGAACCCAGGGAAGGGCAUACACUUUGUCUCCCAUUUGUACCUCCCAGCACCCACUUCAGGCCCUGCAGCCGGGCUACCCAUAACCACACUAGAGCGCUCUUCCUUUCCGAGAAAUUCAUGUUAGGCCUGGCAAGAUGACUCAGCCGGUAAAGGUGUAUGCCACCAAGCCUGAGUUCUGUCCCUGGGACACUCAUGGAAGGAGAGAACCGUUUCCCAUAGGCUGUCCUCUGGUUUACACACGCAUGCCGCGGGAUCACAUUUCCACACAUGUAUACACAAGUAAUAGAAAAUAUAAAACAGAAAAAGGAAAAGAAAUCACCUUUGGGCUUUGUAACAUCUAAGCUGCAUAUAGAACAAAUUAAACAUGAUUU